GAAGAACACCAAACAUCCACACUGCUGGUCUUUCACCACAACAUCAGUUCCAUUUCCAGCAGCGAGACGUUCUCAGUUUAAUUCACCUCUAGGUGGAGGACCAGAAUCCAUCAUGAGGUACCGAACGGUGGUGAUGUAUGUGGAGAUCGGCUGCUUUGUGUCCUGCCUGUGUGGCUGGAUCCUGGUAUGUUCAACUCUUCCCACAGAGUACUGGAGGUUCUCACAGGUGGGCAGCACGGUGCUGACGACCUUCCAUCACUACUCCAAUCUGUGGAGGGACUGCAUUACGGACAGCACAGGGGUGUCCGACUGUAAGGACUUCCCAUCCAUGCUUGCUCUGCCAGCGUUCCUUCAUGCCUGCAGGGCGCUUGCGAUCUGUGCCAUCAUCAGCGGCUUCUUUGGCGGCGUCCUCACCCUCAUCGGGAUGAAAUGCACUAAAAUUGGCGGAACAGAGAUUAUCAAUGCAAGGGUGACAUUCGCUGGUGGUGUAACUUACCUGGCUUCAGGAUUUUGUGGUAUGAUCACUUACUCUUGGUGGGCCAACAAACUCGUGUCAGAAUUUGUGGAUCCAAACUUCAAGGAGCAGAAAUUUGAACUUGGAGCUGCGGUUUUCAUUGGUUGGGGAGGCGCCAUCCUUCUCAUCUCUGGAGGGGCGGUGCUCAUGUACUUCUCUGGAAAAGAAGGUCUACAAUCUGGCCCAGCAAGAAGACCUGGGAGACGGGUUUCUUACGUCACGGCCCGUACCAGACGGACAUACACGCAGCCGCCGUUGUAUUACUCAGGCAGGAAGAGCCGAACACCCGGAGCAACGGGGCAGCUCAGUCGAAGCUUCAGCCGGGACACGUUCGUCUGAGCCGGACACGAUCAAGCUGAGAGAGAAGCAUAGAGUGGUUUUAGAAAAUGUUUCCCCCCAGAUCAAGACAUUUAGUAUGAAACUGAAGCUAGCUGUGGCUAGCUUAGCAUAAACUCAAGAAACAAUCAAACAGCUAAUCUGGUUUUAUAUUAUUACCUUGCAAAGUAGCUGGGUCCACAUGAGGUUUAUGAGAUCACAAUGAUGGGAAAACACAUCUUUCCAAGCUCCAAGCUGAGAGCAUAUGGUAGAGAUCCAAAAGUAGAAGAGUCAAAGGCCCACACUGCUAGCUACAGGUUGCAGGGAUUUUUACUCUAAACUACAUAAAUAUCAAGUGCCCCAAUUCCAAUACAUAAAUAUAUGGUUAUUAAUAAAAAUACAUUAUUAAUUAAAAAUAAAUAUUAAAAUAACUGAAUAUAUUUAUAAAAGAUUACUUCAAUGUUAAUAAAAUUGUUAAUACAGACCUGU